UGGAGUCGAUUUGCUUCAGUUGUAGUUUAACGUUCUAGCUGCCAGUUGGAUCAGCUAUCGGGACCCAAAAGGAUAGUGAUAUAGAUAGUUUAAAUAGUGAUAAAUAGUUAGCAUCGGAAUGCAUUACACAAUAGGAGUUUUGUGUCUGCUGAUCAGUUUUCACUGCUGCCUCAGUGUCCCAGCAUCUCCCAGGGAUUAUAAAGUUUUUGCAGACCUGCCAACAUGCUCCACGGAAGAGGAUCAGCUGAGCGACUGUAUUAAGCAGAUUUUCAACACACUAAACCCACGUCUAAAGGACGGCAACACGGAUCUGAAGAUUCCGCCCUAUGAGCCUCUCGUCCUGAAUCGCACCAGCUUCCAAUACUCCAGUGGCAAUGUCAACGGUCGUAUAACCAUGAAGAAUGCCAAAAUAUACGGAUUUUCUGCAAACACGGCCAAAGAGGUCAACGCCAAGUACAAGGAUGGGAAGGUCAAGCUGCGCUUUCUCACCUUUCUCCCAAAACUGAACAUUGCCGGCCAGUAUAAGGCGGACUUGCAGGUUAAUCAGCUGCAAAUAAAGCCCAAAGGCGACUUUAAUGUGACUCUUACCAAUGUGGAGGUCACUACUAUCACUGAUGGCGAGGUCUAUGAGAAGGAUGGACAUCGCUUCUUCCGAAUGAAGAAUAUUGACAGUAAUCCAAAGAUUGGGGACUUACACAUCAAGGCCAAUGGCAUUUUCCAGGAUCCAGAACUUGACAAAAUUGCACUUGACGUAGCCAAUCAGUAUUGGCGCGAUAUCUAUGGCAUAAUGCUACCCGAGACCCGUCAGUAUUGGCAACCCCUUUUAUUGCGUAUUUUCAACGAGGUUUUAGAACUGGUUCCCAUCGACGCAUUUCUCAAGGACUAACUCAAUAGACGCUAUAUUUAAUUUGUGAUAAUGGCUCUAACGUAAAUAAAUUAUAUUGCAAUAAUUGCAAUUAAAUGAUAA